AUGACAAGGGCCAGACAGUUAGAGUUAAGAGAUCAAACGAAGGAAAUGUUUGAUCACGCUUACGGCAACUAUAUGAAGUAUGCGUUCCCAGCCGAUGAGCUGAGACCUCUCUCGUGCACGCCGCGAUAUCGCGACGCAGAUGCAUUGAACUGGAGUGAGAAUGAUGUCCUAGGGAACUUUUCACUCACGCUUGUAGACGCUCUCGAUACCCACGUUAUCAUGAACGACCGAGCAAAAUGGGAAGAGGCCGUUGCCUUGACUAUUAAACACGUUCAUUUCGACUUGGACUCGAGGGUCCAGGUCUUCGAAGUCACGAUCAGGAUGCUGGGAGGCCUGCUCUCCGCACAUAUUCUCGCUACCGAUUCAGAUACAGGAUUUCGGAUACCAUGGUAUAAGGGCGAACUUUUGGAGCUCGCCCGAGACCUGGCAAACAGGCUUCUUCCGGCGUUCAAUACUGCGACAGGCUUGCCGUGGCCUCGAGUGCAUCUUCAGAAAGGAGUCUUGAAGAAGGAGUCGGAUACGACAUGCGCCGCUGGUGCUGGCACACUGGUGUUGGAAUUCGGCGUCCUGAGUCGGCUCACAGGCGAUCCGAUCUACGAGAAAUUGGCUCGGAAAGCCCUAUUUCGCGUUUGGGAGUUGCGGUCGAGCCUUAACUUGGUGGGCAAUGCAAUCGGGGCAACCACCGGAAAGUGGAAGGAUCCGACUGGGGGUAUAGGGGCCGGAAUCGACUCCUUUUAUGAGUACCUUUUCAAGGCGUACAUCCUCUUCAACGAGGCGGAGUAUAAUGACGUUUUUCAAGCGGCGUAUGCAGCCGUCAAGCGGCACAUUAGGGAUCUGGGAGGGUUGUUCUACAAGAAUGUCAACAUACAUAAUGGCGCUUUGGCUGCCUCCUGGAUCGACUCUCUCGCCGCAUUCUUUCCCGGCCUGCAAGUUCUUGCAGGAGAUAUCGAAGAUGCCGCAAAACUUCAUCAGGUUUACGCCACGAUAUGGAAGCGGUUCGGUGCUAUGCCGGAGCGCUUCAACAUGAAUUCACGGCAGACUGAGAUUGGUUCCUAUCCCUUGAGGCCCGAGUUCAUAGAAUCAACCUACAUGUUGUAUAGGGCAACCAAAGAUCCAUACUACCUUGACGUCGGGGAGCGCCUCCUACGAGAUCUGAACAACCGCACACGAGUUCCUUGUGGGUUCGCAUCCGUAUGGGACGUCAACGAUGGGAAGCUGGACGACAGGCUAGAAUCGUUUUUCCUCAGCGAGACCCUGAAGUAUUUGUACCUCCUGUUCGACGAAGACAACUUCGUACACCAGACCAUGGGAAACGGGGUGUUCACGACCGAAGGACAUUGGAUAACUCUUCCGUACGAACUGUUGAGGCCGGCCAAGUUCCAAAAGGAUCGACCAAAAAACCUGUCCGCCCAACAACUCUGUCCUCGAUUCGAUGGGGACAUCGCGGUGACGAUAAGUACCAUGACUACAUCGGGUCCCAUGGCGGUCUCUCCAGCCGAUUUGCAGAAGAUCGAUCAGCUCGUGGGAGUUGGGGACUAUGCGGUCGGCUUGGAGAAGCUGGUGGGGACAUUGGGCGCAACCACGCAGGAGAUCAGUAAAUGUGACGAGAGACUCAUCACCUUUGACAGGAUCGAGCCUCCCAAUUUCACUGGCAAGCCCGAAGCACAACUUAGAAAGACAUGGAAAGGUUUCGCGGUUGAUCACCUGGCCGGACUUCGUUUCCACAUAGCAGCAUCAGAUGGCCAAGCUUUCCAAGUGUUGCGAAUCAACGACAUCGAAUUGCGCGAAGGGGAGACCCUCACAGUCGUCAAAACCGGAAUGUCAUUUCUAGAACCAGAUGCGGCGUCGAAGCCUUUCCCGCCACCGCCACCGCUCAGCCCUAUGGCCGCACUGGCCAUCAAAGAGAAAGGAGUCGUCAAUGUCGCCAUUGCAGAGUACGGGCCAGCUCUAUGGCCAAACGAACACGUCACUGGGCAAAUGAUCUCGUUGAGCACCACGAAGAUCCCCGAAGGGUGUGAUCCUUACACGCCAGUAGAAGCCGAUCGUGUAAGAGGAAAGAUCUUGUUGGUGCAACGUGGGGGAUGCACCUUCUCGGAAAAGACGGAGUGGGCUCAAUUCGCCGGCGCCAUCGCCCUCGUCGUCGUGAAUGAUCAGGAACAUACGUUCCUGAACAUGGCAUACUCCGAAACUUCCACUGGCGAUCUUGCCCUCGUCGACAACGUUUCCAUCCCAAGUGUGAUGGUAUCCGGCGCCCACGGCGCCUACCUCCGCGAGGAGCUGCAGAAGGCGCCGGAGGGCUUGCUUGAUGCGCAGCUGAUUGGAGUGGAUAUCGAUUUUGAAGGAGCUACGAAACGAUCGGACAUCAACCUCCAAUAUGCGGGACACUCGAUCAAAAAUGUCAUCGUGGUGGAGACGUGGGAUGUCUUUGAUCCAGAGAGGAAGCAGCGCAUACGGCAGGGUCUGAAGGGGGUGUCGCUUGGGUAUCCUGGGGCAGGGAUGAGGUGUCUGAUUGAAUCUGCGAGGGUCGCCGAGGUUUGCUGUGCGUAGAAUAGGGAAAUCCGCGCAGAUAGCUCUAGAUCCUUGUCAUUUACGAAGUCACACCACCAAAUCUCGCAAUAUGAACAGCAAUCACUGCGCUGUGGAAAUUCAGAGAUUCUACAACUGGUCACAGCGGGGGCCGAUGAAGGAAGGGGCGUUGUCCCUUCAUGUGAUCCAGAGUGCCCAGGUCCACCGCGGUCGUAGAGCCUCAUUUGCUUGUUUGCUCUAGAUUCCAGGGCACCCAUGCUGGAUACGAACAGGGUCCGACAACUCAGCCGUCAAUGAACCAAUUCGAGAAGCCCGCUUGCUCAUUGCCACCGUCGAAACAUUACAUGAGUCGGCAAAACCACGGGUACAUAUACAGGGGUAAAUACAAAAAGGCCCUAGUCAUUCUCCCUGCCAUACGUUGACACAUGCAUGCGCGUG